AGGGCCCUCAGCAGAAGACAAACAUCCCACCCAGAGGCAGAUGAGGAACUGGAGCACUGGGAGGAAACAAGAGCACCAGGAACGCCUUUCUGUUAUUGUUGGGAGUACAGAAAAUGCCCUAUGCUGAGAUCACUGUGUAUCUGGGCAAAGUGACUUUGGGAGAAGAGAACAGGAAGAAGAUGACCAAUAGCUGCUUAAAAAGACAUGAGAACUCAAGUAUCAUCCAGGCUGUGUGUGCACUGCUGAAUUCUGGAGGAGGUGUGAUCAAAGCAGAGAUAGAUGACGGAAACUAUAGUUACCGAUGCCACGGGCUGGGGCAGGAUUUGGAAACUUCCUUUCAAAAGCUCCUUCCGUCAGGUUCACAGAAGCACCUCGACUAUGUACAACAGAACCAUGACCUCCUGAUUUUUGUAAAGUCGUGGAGCCCAGAUGCCUCCAGCAUUCCACUGAAGAUUUGCAGUUUACGCUCCAACUUAUACCAGAGGGAUGUGACCUCUGCCAUCAACUUGACUGCCAGCAGUGCCCUGGGGCUUCUCAGAGAGAAACAGUCUAAAGCCCAAAGAGGUCCCCCCAGGUUACAUUCUCAGGAAUGCACCCUCAACCGAUCCAUUCAGGAAGAGGAAGAUAUUAAGAUGUGCGCCUCUGAAUUUUUUAAAAAAGAUAGACUCAACUACAAGGAGAAGCUUAACUUCACAGAGUCAACGCAUGUUGAGUUUAAAAGGUUUACCACCAAAAAGAUUGUUCCUCGGAUUAAAGAGACUCUAGCUCAUUAUGUUUCUGCAUUUGCCAACACUCAGGGGGGAUACAUAAUUAUUGGGGUUGAUGAUAAGAGCAAAGAAGUGUUUGGAUGUAAGAAAGAAAAAGUGAACCCCGACUCACUAAAAACAGAAAUUAAAAACUGCAUAGAAAAGUUGCCCACAUACCACUUCUGUCGUGAAAAACCCAAGGUGAAUUUCACAACCAAAAUUUUGAAAGUUUACCAAAGAGAGGCCCUGUAUGGUUAUGUCUGUGUGGUUCAAGUACAGCCGUUCUGUUGUGUCGUGUUUGCAGAGGACCCAGAUUCCUGGAUCAUAAAGAACAAUACUGUCACAAGGCUGGUGGCUCAGCAAUGGGUGGACAUGAUGCUGGACCUUCAGCCAGCUCCUUCCAACUCGCCAGCCACAGACUACAGUGCUCGCCCGAUGUCAGCAGCUUUGUCUGCACCGAGAAGGCCAGCAUACCUCACAAAAGUCCUGGAACAUAAGGAGGCUCUGCAGCGUCAUUUGCUUCCAGAGACACAGGAAGACCUACAAUUUCAGCCAGAGUCCCUGCGUGAGAAGCUGUUCUCAGAUCAUGAUGGCCUGGAGGACUUGCUGAAGGCACAGACACGUUCCUGCUCUCACGGGGUUGUGAUACUUUCUAGAAGCUGGGCUGGUGAUAUUGGUUUAACGAAAGAGCAGAACGUCCUGUGUGAUGCUCUCUUGGUGGCAGUCAACAGCCCCCUGGUGCUCUACACCAUCUUACCAGACCCCAGUUGGAAUGGAAGAUCUGACUAUACUCAGAAUACCUCCCUUCAGUUAAAGCAGCAGCUACAAUCUAUUGGAGGCUACACGGGGAAAGUAUGUGUCAUUCCAAGGCAGAUAUACCUGACCGGCGGCGGAGGGUCCAGCCCUGAUGAGUCCCCCGUGUACUACCCCUGCUCCUACGCGCUCUCCAGCAGAGCUGAAGUGGAGGCUUUGCUGCAGGCCCUUGUGCUGGUCUCACUGUGCUCCAGGUCGGUGCUGAGUGACCAGCUGGGCUGCGAGUUUUUCAAGCAGUGUGCGGAAGAACAAGGCAACUCUCUCUCCAGGAAGCUCCAGGAAACCCGAGAACUGUUCAUCCACUGCUUUCCAGGAACCAGGAAGACAGCUCUAGCCAUAAAGAUCGUGGAGAAAAUUAAGGAUGUGUUCCACUGCAAACCAAAAGAGAUCCUCUAUGUUUGUGAAAAUGACUCCCUAAAGGGUUUUGUGAUGCAACAGGUCACCUGCCAAGCUGUGACCCGGAAGACCUUCAUGAGAGACAAGUUCCCAAAGAUUAAACAUAUAGUGAUGGACGAGACUGAGUAUUUCUGCAGUCAUCAUGGUGACUGGUAUGUGAAGGCUAAGAGCAUCACCCAGCCAAAAGUGAAGGGGGCUGCAAGGGGCAGCCUUCACCGUGGGAUCCUCUGGAUUUUUCUGGAUCCUUUCCAGAUCUGUCAUGCAGAUGACAGUGGCCUUCCUGCUCCUUCUGCUCAGUUUCCUCGAAAAAUUAUCGCCAACCAGAUGCAUUGUGCUGUGGAAAUCGCAAAGGUUAUGAAAGAAGAAAUGAAGUGGAUCCAAGAAAACCCUCCCUCCGACAUAUCUCCAGAUACCCUGGCAAUGUUCCAGGAGGCUCCCUAUGAGGAAGCAAUGUACGCCCAAGCUCUGCCUGGGGUGUGUGAGAUCAAGGCCAACCUGACACCAGAACAAAUUGCCAACUAUGUGGCAGAAAAAUGUCACAGCCUGUUCCACGAUGGCUAUCUGCCCAAAGACAUAGCAAUUCUGUACAGGAGAAAGGAAGACAGAGGACAAUAUAAGGAUGCGUUGCUAAGAGCAAUGGAGCGUGGGGCAGUGGAGGUUACAUUCAGCAGCGCUGCUGAUGUUUGUAGCGAUGGCAUCAUUUUAGAUAGCGUUCAGCAGUUUUCAGGCAUGGUGCGGAAUAUUGUGUUUGGGCUUAGUCUUGCAUCCGUGCAGUCAGAGGGGGUUCAUAAACUCUGCUUUGCCUCGAGAGCCAUUAAACACCUCUAUUUGCUGUAUGGAAGGACAGCCUUCUGAAACUAUUCUAAAUAACACAGGAAGACAAACAAGAGGGCUCUCUCCUCCCAGAUGGAUGGGCGAUCCGUUUUAAUACAAGUGAAGAAAUGAAGGCACAGUGAAGAAAUGAAGGCACAUCGUUAUGUGCUUGGAGCUGUAUUUUCUGGGAUGAAUCAGUGGGCUGCCCUUUGCUCAGCUCACUUCUCUUUCCUGGAUGGUGACAAGAGAAGCACGAUUGGUUCUGUGCCUCCAAUCUUCCCAACUCAAUCCAGCUUUCUUUCUGUCAACCAAAGAUCCUAAGCAAAUUUUAUGAAAUUCUCUGCUCCUGAACCUUUUGGACAGAACUCAUUUCCAAGGCUAUGGUGCCACUUCCACUCCUGAUCCCAUCCUCGAUCACGCCUCCACCUCCUGCUGUUUCUAGUGUGCUCCUGGCUCCGUAGCUGUUUGGGGAGUGAUGGUAGAAUAUCCUUUAGACCAGUUGGGCUGGGUGUCUUUUUUUUUUUUGUAAAAAUUUAUUUAAUUUUUAUUUUAUGAGCAUCAGUGUGAAGGUAUCAGAUCUCUUGGAGAUGGAAUUACAGACAGUUGUGAGCUGCCAUGUGGAUGCUGGGAAUUGAACCCAGGUCCUUUGGAAGAGCAGACAGUGUUCUUAACCACUGAGCCAUCACUCCAUCCCGGGCUGGGUGUCUUGAAGGCAGUACCUAGUAUCUCAUGCUGGCUGUGGAGCUCAAGCUUUGCAGGUCCAAACUUGCUUUCCUUUUCUCACCAGGUCUAGCUAGUCUUUUGGGGUUGACUUUCUGUUAACCAAGGUCACAGAAGACAACACAUGAGUGAAAAUGCCAUUCCAUUACUUUACAGUGUGAACUAUAUUAGGGGUGUUUCCCUAGUUUGUACAUUCAUCAGGAACAUAGGAAGCCAAAUGAUGUGAGCAGAGCUUACAGUAAGAGUAGAUGGGGGCAGCCUGAACCUAUUGGGCAGCUGUCCUAGGCAUGGAUUGAACAGAAAAAUCCCUGACAUCCAGUCAUGCCAAGAAUGCUCUCUCUCUGUCUUAUCUCCUUGUAUUGCUGCACGGCCUUAAUAGUAUAGAUAAUACAAUUAGUGUAAUAAAAUAACCAAGGUAAAGAGUUGCUUGUGGUGUAACACUCUUAAGGCAUUUUUAGAGGGCAACAGAAUAUGAUCACAUCAGCUUAAGAAAUGGAAAAAGGAAAAUAAA